AUGCCUAGCAGUCAACGCCCUGCCAAGCGUAUGCUUGUUCGUUGGUCGGAUGACCUCGACAAAGGCGUCCUUCUCGCUGUGCAGUAUGCUUCUGCGGAAGCCGGUAUCAAGCUGCCAUGGGCCCGAGUCGCCGAGUUGAUGGGUCCAAGAUUCACCGAGGGUGCCAUAGUUCAACAUCUGACAAAGCUUCGAGGCAUCAUGGCCAAGAACGGAAUUCCUGUCCCGCCGCCUUUGAAACGUGGCAUGGUCACCAAAGAGCCUUCAAAAAUCUACGCCAGUGCCAACAACAAACACAGCUUCGAUCAAGUCCCACCAAUGCAUCCCGGCACGCCAGAAGUCAAGACUAGGGAGUUUACGUCCAUCUAUGACAAAUCAAACGCCUCGGUACCAGCCGAAAAUGAGGACGAGGCCAAGGAUAAGGCAAAGGUCAAGGCUAAGGCCAAGGGCAAAGGGAAAGGUCGGUGCAAGACACGUCGAAACAUGAGUGAUGACGACGAUGAUGAAGAGGAUGAUUUGGUGCCAGAGCUGUACGACACGGACGAUUGGGAGUACGGUCACAAGAAGAAGCGCAUCAGGAGAGUAAGAGCCAAGAAUAUCAAAACUGGGCCUGAUGCUAUGCUUUUCACUCCAACGGGUCAAAUCGUCAAGGUUGAGGAUACACGCUCGGCAGUCAGUACGAAAGUCGACGAUUCAGCUGGACCUGCAACUCGCACUCGUGGAGUCAAGCACGACUACUCUAUCACAGAAGCUGGAGCUUCGGACGAAGAGGCAGAAAUCAAAGAAGAGAUGGUUGACAACGUCGAUAAUGUUGAUGACGUCGCCGAUCGGGAUGACGCCGAUGAUGCUGGAGGCGAGUUGUCGUCGGAGGAGCAAGAGACAGUUGCUUGCAAUGAGACUGGACGAGACGACACUGUAGCCGCUCAUGAUGCUACUCGUGUGCCAAUCAUUCGUGAUGCUCUAUACGGCCAAAUGCAGAUGGAUGAUCACUUCUGUACCGGUAAUGAGGAUCUAGCUCUUCGAAACCAGGUCCUUUUUGGCGCAAACCCAAUUACCGUUUUUUCUCCUAUGAAUUUCGGGUCUUCCUCUUUCAUGGCUCCACAUGGCAUGGUUAACGGCCAAUUUCAAGGCAAUGCAGGCAACAUGUUCGACGGCAGUCAGGUAGGCGGACAGUUUGGCACGGGUAUGGUAGAUGUUAGCCAAUAUUUGGGAGAGGGGUCUCUAUUUACUGGCAUGCCGAUGGUGAAUCCAGUUCAGCAAGGAUACUCUGCAAGUCGCAUUACUCCCAAUAUGUAUCCACCAUCUACCACUUCGUCUUACCCGGGAACCCGGAACAACUCGGUUGCAACUAGAAUGACAGCUUCAUCUCUCACCUCGCCGUCUGACAACGAGGCAAUACAGUCUGGAAUGGUAGGAGCUGUUGCGGCACGACAAGCUCAGCCUGAGGACGUUCUCUGCGACCACGACAUGAGUGCCGGUGUGCCCUCGGAAGAGAUCGUUUGGGGCGGCGGCCACUAUGUUGAUGGCAUCUGA